AUGGCAAUCGAGCGUACUAAUACGUCGUGGGAUCACGAAUUCAACGUGGUUCGCCGAGAGAACCUCUUCCGCCACCCGCCAAACGACCGAUCGGCAUACCCAGCUUUGCAGGAGGCGGUCAAUCCCCACAUCGAGUCGUUCAACGCUCUCUUCCGAAGCGAUGGGAAGCCGGGUCUCAUCGACCAUGGCAUUGCCGAGAUCGGCACGAAAACUUUCCUGGAUGGCGACGAACGGGCAGCGCCUGAUGGUAAGAACAAGCUGACGGUCCGGUACAAGAGUGUCAUCCUCCAGCGGGCCCAGGUACCGCCCUCCAACAAGUCUGCCAAAAGGCGGGAGAUCUUCCCCGCCGAGUGCAGAGAGCGCCAUGUGUCGUACCGUGGCAAACUCACUGCGGUUCUCGAGUACCGGAUCAACGGGGGUGAGCCUCACGAGAUUGUGCGAGAGAUUGGACAGAUGCCAAUCAUGAUCAAGUCCAACAAAUGCCACCUCGAAAACAAUCCGCCCGCACUUCUCGUUGAGAGGAAAGAAGAGUCGGAUGAGCUAGGGGGGUAUUUUAUUGUCAAUGGUAUCGAAAAGAUCGUUCGGAUGUUGUUGGUUAAUCGCCGGAACUUCCCGUUGGCAAUCAUCCGCCCGAGUUUCACGAAUCGAGGUCCGGCAUACACCCCAUACGGCAUUAUAGUACGAUCGGUACGACCAGAUGAGACGUCACAGACAAAUGUACUCCACUACCUCGACGACGGGAACGUGACAUUCAGGUUCUCGUGGAGGAAGAACGAGUAUCUCGUGCCAGUCAUGAUGAUCCUCAAGGCGCUUGUGGAAACAAACGAUCGCGCUAUCUUUGAAGGCUUGGUGGGAUCCCCCGGGUCCAAGGGGGCCGAAAAUACCUUCCUAACCGACCGGGUAGAGCUCCUCCUUCGCACCUACAAGACUUACCGCCUCUACUCCAAGGUACAAACCCGGGCCUACCUGGGUGAAAAAUUCCGGGUUGUGCUUGGUGUGCCAGACAGCAUGUCCGACUAUGAAGUCGGAACAGAGUUCCUGCGAAAGGUCGUUCUUGUCCACCUCGGCUGUGUCGAUGUCACCGACCAGCAGGAUACCGACAAGUUCAAGAUGCUGCUCUUCAUGUGCCGCAAGCUGUAUGCUCUGGUUGCCGGAGAUUGUACCGUGGACAACCCGGAUGCUGUGCAGAAUCAAGAGAUUCUGCUUGGCGGCUUUCUCUACGGUAUGAUUCUCAAAGAGAGACUAGAAGAGCUCCUAACCGUUUCACUCCGACUCUCCUUGCGCGAUUACCUGAGGAGGAACCCUAUAGUCUCCUUCACAUCAGCUACUUUUACCAAGGACUUCCCUAUUGCAAUCUUCCGCAAAACAAACGAAAAUCUCGGCAACGCCCUUGAAUAUUUCAUGUCAACGGGAAAUCUACAGAGCCCUUCUGGUCUGGAUCUGCAGCAAACGUCGGGCUUCACUGUUGUGGCCGAGAAGUUGAACUUUUUGCGCUUCAUCAGCCAUUUCCGCAUGAUCCACCGAGGAAGUUUCUUUGCCCAGCUAAAGACAACAACAGUUCGGAAGCUUCUGCCCGAAUCAUGGGGUUUUCUUUGCCCCGUGCACACCCCUGAUGGUUCUCCUUGUGGCCUAUUGAGUCAUUUGGCGCACAAAUGCAAGAUUAUGACUGAUGCGGUAGACGUCUCCGCGAUUCCUCGGAUCGCCUUCGAGCUUGGAGCGGUCGACUUUUCGUCGGCGGCGACCAGCGAAAGCGUCGUUGUAAUGCUCGAUGGAAAGAUUGUCGGCUGGUGUAGCCCGCAGAGGUCCCAAAUGAUGGCGGACACCCUUCGGUAUUGGAAGACAGAUGGCCGCCAUGGGAUACCACAGCAGCUGGAGAUUGGGUUUGUGCCCCUUUCCAAGGGCGGAACCUAUCCUGGCAUUUACAUGUCCUCAACACCGGCGAGAAUGGUGCGACCCGUCAAGUAUCUGGCGCUGGGCAAGGAAGACUUCGUGGGUCCACACGAGCAGCCGUAUAUGUCAAUCGCCUGCGUGGAAAACGAGAUCGUCCCUAGCAAGUCCACCCACGUGGAGUUCGAUCCCACCAACAUGCUAUCCAUAUUGGCAAAUAUGACGCCCUUUUCCGACUUCAACCAAUCUCCCCGUAACAUGUAUCAAUGUCAGAUGGGUAAGCAAACCAUGGGAACACCAGCGACAGCGCUCCGGCACCGGACGGACAAUAAGCUGUAUCGUAUCCAGACAGGCCAGACUCCGAUUGUUCGAACACCGCUGCAUAACACAUAUGGCUUCGACAACUUUCCCAACGGCACCAACGCCGUUGUCGCCGUUAUUUCAUAUACGGGCUACGAUAUGGACGACGCCAUGAUUAUCAACAAGUCGGCACAUGAGCGUGGGUUCGGCCAUGGCACCGUCUACAAGACCAAAAAGAUGAGCCUUAAGGAUGAUUCAAGGAUGCGCAGCGCCAAGACGGUCGCCAAAUUAUUUGGAUUUGCUCCUAAUAGUGCGAUUAAGGCGUCUACGCUGGAAAUGCUUGACUCUGAUGGACUGCCACACGUGGGACGCCUGGUGACAGAGGGCGAUGUCCUUUGCGCGUGGCACACAGUAUCGGCCGACUACAAUGGGCAGCUAAUCAACCGGGAUGGCGUAACCCACUACGAGAGAUAUAAGGACGCGGAAGAUGCGUUUGUUGAGGAGGUCCGAGUGAUUGGCAGCGAGACUGGCAAUGAACCCCUCCAGACCGUCUCUAUCAAGCUGCGAAUUCCGCGGGCUCCCGUCAUCGGCGAUAAGUUCUCAUCUCGCCACGGCCAGAAGGGAGUGUGCUCUCAGAAAUGGCCUGCCAUUGAUAUGCCAUUCUCCGAGUCUGGUAUGCAGCCGGAUGUCAUCAUCAAUCCCCACGCUUUCCCAUCUCGAAUGACGAUCGGCAUGUUCGUCGAGUCACUAGCUGGAAAAGCCGGUGCUUUGCACGGCCUCGCUCAGGACUCUACGCCAUUUAAAUUUGACGAGAACCACACAGCUGCCGACUACUUCGGCCAGCAGCUGAAGGAGGCGGGCUACAACUACCACGGCAACGAGCCCAUGUACUCGGGCAUCACGGGCGAGGAGUUCGCCGUAGACAUUUACAUCGGUGUAGUAUACUACCAGAGACUCCGACACAUGGUAAACGAUAAAUACCAGGUUCGAACUACGGGGCCCGUUGUCCCGACAACUGGUCAACCUAUCAAGGGCCGAAAGAAGGGUGGCGGUGUUCGCGUGGGAGAAAUGGAGCGGGAUGCUCUGAUCGCACACGGAACCGCGUUCCUCCUCCAAGAUCGAUUGCUGAACUGCUCCGACUACACCAAGUCCUGGAUCUGCCGGACUUGCGGGUCUUUCCUGUCAGUACAACCGACGGUGUCUCCGUUUAUCGGGAAGAAGAAGGCUGUCAGCACUGUCCGGUGCCGAAAUUGCGCCAAACGUCUUGACGAUAUUGAGGGCUUAGAUCUCAUGAAGACGGAUGGAGAGAUUUGGGAAGAUGGGCAAGGUGUCCAGUGGAUAGGGGGCGAGAACACCACCUUGGUAGUUGUGCCAGGAGCGUUGAAGUUCCUUGACGUAGAGCUUGCGGCGAUGGGUGUGAAAAUGAAGUACAAGGUGGACAAGAAGGACAUCACCCGGAGAGGCCCCCUGAAGCCAACAAUGUUCAAGCCGCUCUAA